GUAUAUGAAUGUUUGAACUUGGUCUAACUAAAACGACUCUUGCGCAAUGCCAUAAUAUUGAUUUUUUUAUAGAUUACCUCAUUCACGUGAAUUAAAUUGGAUCGCUAACUUCUUUGGUUGAAAAAUAAUUUUUAUAUUAAGCCAUUCUUUAUUUUAAAGUGGCCAGUAUUAGCGAAAACACUAAUUUUAUAAACUCGAAAUCAAAAAACACUUUGCAACGAGCAUGUCUCACAAUUCAUGUUUUGAAUUGAACGAAAUCCGGAUUUUGGAUAAAAUUUUACGACAGUGUGAAUAUUAUAUUUCAAAUAAUGGCAUGCAACAAGCAUCACAAAUUCGCAACAAAAAAGUGUGCCUCAAAACAAACAAUUUUAACGAAAUACUUCUGAACACCAACUUAAACAAAUUUGUAGAAAAAGAACUAUUUUCUUUUAUGUGCAAACUCAGGCAAAUGGACAAGAAAACCAUUUUCGUGUCGGAUAUACUCAUAAAUUCCGGAAUAUUCACGGAAGGCUACGAUUAUAAUAAGCUGGCCUUCAACAGCAAGAAUCAAAGGAAUAUAAAUCGAUUUAUUUAUCAUAAAAUUGCACGCACAGAUGAGAGUGAAAAUAUUGUAUGCAAGAUAAAAAAUAAAUUAGAUGCAGAACCGACUAACAAAAUUAAAUACGAAACAUCUAAGUGUAUGGUUGUUGAAAAUAUAAGCAAGAGUAAAAAGCAGUUUUCCGCCUUGAACAAAAAUAAUAGCGAAGAUUUUAAUAAUGUAAACCAAUGGAACGUGUAUGGAGGCAACUGUACGAAAUGUGAAGAUCAAAAUUUGAAAUGUAAUAUCCAGUCGUCAACGACACCAAGCGAGAAGGAUAAACUACACAAAAACAACAUUUUUUAUGGUAAUGAUCUCACAUAUAACAAGCGAAAGGAGAGAAUACAUAGCCAAGCGAAUGUUUUCGAGAAAACUGUUUCAUACGAUAGUGUUCGAUCGAAAAUCUCGUCACAAAAUUUUAUAAAGAAAAAAAUACCACAAAGGCUUUCAAAGGAGCAUACCGAGGACAUUCCGGACAAAGAACCUUUGCUUGGUGCUAAACCGUUAAAAUUGCCAGACUCGGUUGAGGCUGUACUAUCGCUCGGUUCAACGAUUUUACCAGAUAAAAAGAUCGACAACACUGAAUAUCACAAAUGGACAAUAUUGCACUAUUCUCCAUUUAAAGCAGUUUGGGAUUGGAUAAUUUUAAUACUUGUUAUAUAUACAGCGAUAUUCACGCCAUAUGUUGCUGCGUUCUUACUAGGGGAACCAGACUACCAGAGACGCACUAAUAAAUACAUUAAUAGCGAUCCACUUGUUAUUGUAGAUUUAAUUGUCGACGUUACUUUUGUUAUUGACAUACUUAUUAAUUUUCGAACCACAUUUAUCGAUGGCCAGGAUGAAGUCGUCUCUCAUCCCGGACGAAUUGCGGUUCAUUAUUUGAGUGGAUGGUUCCUGAUUGAUCUAGUGGCCGCAAUACCAUUCGAUUUAUUGUUGGUUGGAAGUGACACCGACGAGACAACAACUCUGAUAGGAUUGCUCAAGACUGCCCGAUUGCUAAGGUUGGUGAGAGUAGCCAGAAAAAUAGAUAGAUACUCAGAAUAUGGUGCUGCUGUGUUGGUUCUUCUUAUGGCCACAUUUGUGCUCAUCGCCCAUUGGUUGGCUUGCAUUUGGUAUGCUAUAGGAAACGCCGAAAGAACGCUUCUAACAAAGAACAUUGGCUGGCUGCAUUCGCUGGGAAAUGAUAUUCAGGAGCCUUAUUUUGACAAUAAUACUGGUGGGCCCACAAUUAAGUCUAGAUAUAUAACUGCACUCUACUUUACAUUUACUUCGUUAACUUCGGUUGGAUUUGGAAAUGUCGCUCCAAAUACCGACGCCGAAAAGGUGUUCACGAUAUGUGUUAUGCUUGUGGGCUCUCUUAUGUAUGCGAGUAUAUUUGGAAAUGUUUCUGCAAUAAUACAAAGACUUUACUCGGGUACUGCCAGGUAUCAUACACAAAUGUUGAGGGUGCGUGAAUUUAUUAGAUUUCAUCAGAUUCCAAAUCCACUUAGGCAACGAUUAGAGGAGUAUUUUCAGCACGCGUGGUCCUAUACGAAUGGAAUUGACAUGAACUCGGUGUUGAAAGGAUUUCCAGAAUGCCUUCAAGCCGAUAUUUGUCUACACUUAAAUAGGAAGCUGCUGACAACUUGCUCAGCUUUUUCAGGAGCUAGUCCGGGUUGCUUAAGAGCACUGUCGCUAAAAUUUAAAACUACGCAUGCUCCCCCUGGGGAUGUUUUGGUGCAUAAAGGCGAUGUUUUGACGUCACUUUUUUUCAUCGCAAGAGGAUCGAUAGAAAUCCAGAGAGAUAAUAAUGCAGUGGUUAUUCUAGGAAAGGACGACAUUUUUGGAGAAAAUCCAUGUAAUUACUCAACAAUUGGAAAAUCUAACGGAAAUGUUCGCGCCCUAACUUAUUGUGAUAUUCACAAAAUCCACAGGGACGAUUUACUAGAUAUAUUAGAUUUGUAUCCGGAGUUUUCUGAGAGCUUUGCUAAUAACCUUACUUUGACGUAUAACAUGCGGGAUGAUUUUCAAGCUGGAGUUGAAGUAAAGCAUAGAUACCUAAGAGCUAAAUCUUUAGAUAGAGAAAGAAGUACGAGCGAUAUAACAUCCAUAAGAAUGUGAGUUUUAAUGUACACAUACAUACAUAUAUAUGCAUGAU